AUGCCUCAGAAAACUGAGGAAAUCAAGGACUUUCUGCUCACAGCCCAGCAGAAGGAUGCCAGAUCUGUCAAGAUCAAGAACAAGGAUAACGUGAAGUUCAAGGUUCGCUGCAGCAGGUACCUUUACACCCUUGUCAUCACAGAUAAAGAGAAGACUGAGAAGUUGAAAUAG